UUAUUUCCAAUACACAGAUUCACAAUCCAUUGACUUUUUUUAUUUUGUUUAUGUGUAAAUACUUUUCCAGCUCUGUCAAUUAAAAUCUCUUCAUCUUUUCAUUCAGCUUCUGUCCAAACUUACUCCUCAGUUUUUUUUACUGUGAUAUUUAUACCACUAUAAGAGAGAGAGAGAGAUGCGCAAUGUCUUCCCUAGAGGCCUUCUAGGCCUCUAGUCUUCCCUAAUAGUGCAUGGUGUUUCCGAUGGCUAAUGAUGUUGAUAUUCGUUCUUUUCGCAUCGAAUUUGGUAUUAUCCAUUAAUAAAGCAUAGUAUUUAUAAUGUGCUAAUUUGAUAAAAUUUGCUACGAGUCUGAUGGAGAUAUUAAUAACUAAUACUAAUUGGACGAAACGAAAGGCGAUGCGCGCGAGAUACGAGUCCGUGGUCCGUGCGCCGAUCAGCUGACCGGAGGUUUUUUUAUUCGAAUGUUCGAAUGACAGUUCGCAUUAUUUUUUCGAAGCGAUAUACGAUUCUCCCGUAAAGACUGGUGCCCGUUGACAAUAUUAUUCGCGGAGGCCAGGCCGCCUCGAUUGCCGUACGAGAAUGACACAGGAAUUGUCCGGUGUAACCAUAGUGAUAUUUAUAGCGGCGGGCGUUUUGACGAUAUUGUUACUAUUCAUCUUCGCGAAACGGCAGAUCAUGAGGUUCGCUUUGAGAUCUCGUCGGGGCCCUCACAUUCCCAUAGGACACGACGCGAAAAAAUCCUUGAAGAAGGAAAUAGAGAGGAGAAUAGAAGUGAUACCUAGGAUACAAUACGAGCCGCAGCUUAUCAGCGACCCUAGAUACAUUUUGACUCCAGGUGGACAAGCCCCACCUCAUUAUUAUAGAUUAAAGGCGGUUGAUGAUGUUAAAACCUUGGAGACGGAGAUCACGAGGUACGACAACUGUCUGAAGAGACAUCCUUCGGAGAAUCUGAGGGCAUAUUUGCUCACCACGCUCGCUACUCCAUUAAAUGGAAGUGGCCAGCGUUUAAUUCAUCAAUUCUGUGAUUUGUACGAACACGCGAGACACGACCCUACCGAAUUCGGCGAUGAGGAGUAUCAAGUGUACACUCGCCUGUUCCUGAAGUUGAUGGACGCGGCACGUUUAUUGAAAUCAUAUCCGAGCAGCAGGAAGUCCAGCCCUAGUCGCACGCCGAUCAAGAAGAGCGUGGAGACAAAGAGAAAUAUUCUGGAACCCAGGAUGCGUCCGCCCGAGGAGCAAAUUCUAACUGGUUCGAGACCCAACACUCUAACGGUAAUGACAUUAGACAAUAGCGAGACGUCCGUGUAGCAUUAUGAGUGCCGUCA